AUGUCUAGUCGUGUUGACGAACAGCUGAAGGACCCUAGGAUGGCCGAACACAACAUGGUGACAGCUGGUAACGGCUCUACGUCCAGGGAAGACAAAGCUGGCGAUGGACAUGAUGCGUCGGAGGAAGUCUUGAAGAACCUUCUGAGGGAUGAAGAAGCAUUCAAGAAAGAACUUACCAAAAGGAGGAUCCACCGUGGGAAGAUCCGUGGAAAGAUCCGAGUGCUUCAAGAGAGCAUGGAACUGCUCAUCAUUCCUGAAGGUCAAGAGACUACCGAAGAACUUCAGAGUUUAGAGGUUCAAGAGGAUCUAUUGCACGACCAACUGAGACGAGCGGAGGAGUAUAUCGCAGAGUUGCAGCAGUGUCGAGCGGAAGUAGUGUCAAAAACAGCCAAGGAACAGGCUCGUUCAGUAGCGUCUCGGUCUUCUAUUCGCACCGGUAGUGAUGACUUUAGAGGCAGCGGCAACUUGUCGAAGGACUAUCAUUCACGGUCAUGUGGCGAAGGAGAAGUGGACGAGGAUAACAACAAGCAGCUCGGCGACCUACUGGGAGACUCAAAGAAGGCAAAAGAUCCAAAAGCGUCCCCUAAGUCGUCUGUCGAAAGGGCAGUGCCGAGUUUUCGCCAAGACAGUGAUAGAGGGAUCACUCUAUGUAGAGUCAAUAGAUCCAGUAUAAAUGCUAACGGUGUCUCGAAAUUGAUACUACCAGAUUGUGAUGACAUCCUCGAUCUCGAUUCACAUUUUGAAGUAGUGGAGGGGAUCUUGAGAGAAUCAGGAGCAGGAGAUUAUGUGAAAGGUGAUCCGGGAAAGCGCCAGUUUGUAUUACGAGAUGAGAUAAAGAUGUCAUGUGUGGGCAAGCUAUUGGCAACUCUCCCCUCGGGCACAGUGAGGGAAUGUGCCAAGAGAGCGGCCCGGAGGUCCAAGUAUGUAUGGGAAAGGGUGAAGCAGCAGUUACGUUGCAGAUUCUGCAAAAAGGCUACUAUAAUCUCCAAUAUAGAAGAAUCCCUCAAGAAGCUGACUUAUGGAGGACCGGGGAAAGCGGAUCAGUUCUUGGACGUCGCAGAAGCCAUCGUUCUGAGGUGUGUAGAUUCUCACAAGGAUAAUAGUGAGACUUACAGGGUGAUAAGACGGGUCAUCGGGACAUUGCCGAGUAGUAUUGCUGUGGACGUGAUUACCGAGAUAAAAAGGGAGGCCAGGGCGAAGACAGGUUCCUAUAGAGCUAUAAGUGAGGAAUCUUGGGAGAGGCUGUUACCAUUCUCACAAGAGGUGCAACUCGAUCCAGACGAAGAAGGGAUAACCAUAGCUGACAUUAUCAGGGAUGUGAGCAGGACAUCGGAGGAAACACAAAGAAGAGAGGCGGAUAGGGUAGCGUAUGUUUCUCAACCCGUUCAAGAGAAAUUGAAAGGGGGAAAGGGAUCGGAUCGACAAGCAUAUCCCAAGUCAUCGGGAACAUCCUCCUUGGAAUCUUGGGCAAAAGGCUUUAAAACUGCUCUUGUUAUCACAGCGAAGAAUCUCGAGGAACAGGAUAUUACGGGGAGAUUCCAGCCAGAUGGGUGCAAGCUCCUACGUAGUAGAGGAAAAGGGCGAGGACAACCUUUCGGUAAGGUCGUUGGAGCAGUCCUGGGAUAUAAUGACGCUGCAAAGGGUAAGGAAGUUACCACUAAGAUCACUGAGGAUGAUCAGUUGAAGGAGAAGUACAGGGUUAGACCCUUCACUUUCAAGGAGCAGGGAAACGAGAGCGGCCGAAU